AUGGACAGAGAAACGGAGAAGAAGGAAGUGAAGGGGGCAACACGAGGCUGUACCAGGAAACGGCUGGACGAAUGGCCACGCGUGAUCCUGGCUUUCGCUUGCAACUCUCCACAGCAAUCUCAUGCUGAGCUCGGAGACUGGCAGCACCGAAAGAAAGCGGCAGAAUCGCUGUCAACCACAGAAGUCGUCAACGCUGAGAGACAAAUGGUGCGCGUGUGGCUCCGUCCGUGCGUGUCUGCCAUGACCGCACUCGGCCGUCGUGCCAGUCCGACUGCAGUGCUGCGGGUACAGACUUCACGCUCAUUGGCUGUUCACGACGAUUCGUGGCUUGUGAUUGGUGGCAUUCGAUCUAUGGGAACUACAAAAGGCAAAGACGAUGGCAAGAAAGAGUUCAAGAAAAAGUCAACGUUUGACAAGGUGGUAGUGGAAGACGAGGACCUGACGGAGCUGCCGGAUGAAAUCAAACAUCUGAGUCAGGAGCUGGACGAGGAGAUUCGUACGGUCGUCGAAGGUGAUGACGAGGACGAGGAGGAUGAAGACGCAGAUCUUAGUCCUACUGAGUGGGCCAGGAAGUUUGAGCGAGAGGUGGCUGAGUGGGACCAGGAGGAGAGAGGCUAUGAUGAGGAGGAUAUCGGGCAUGCCUCUGAGGCUACAGUUGUUGAGGACGACCGACUGUAUGUUGAGAUGCCCGGGUACGACGCGUCGCUGAGCCUUGCGGAGAGUCAGAUCGGAGUGAAUGAAGACGCAAACGUCCCGGAUCCGUUUCAGCAUUGGGACCAGGGCAUGGCUAUUUCCCCCGAAAUGUUGAACUGGAUGUUGCCGGCUGAGAAGAGGAAGCCGUUCAGGAAGGACAAGACUAAACCAUGGAAGUACUUUGUGGCGGCCAACCACCCUGAUGUGGUUGAGUUGGCGCUUGACGUGGAUUUGCUGCGUCUUUUUAUCUCGCCCACGGGACGCAUUCGUCCCCGCCGGUUCACUGGUCUGACUGCGAAGCAGCAGCGCAGGUUGGCACAGGCGAUCAAGAUUUCUCGUCAGCUCGCGCUGCUGCCGUACCUGUCGCGGUACCCCGAGCCUACUCCGGAGCAAUGGAAGACAAUUGACGAUGAGAUUAUCGCAGCUGCUGAACUUGAGGAAGACAAUGAUGACGGUGUGGACGACGACGACGAUGAGGACUUUGAUGAGGAUUUCGAGUAUGAUUAG